AGAACCCUCAUUCGAGCAACGAAGCUAGCCCUGUAAAGAUGCGUUUUCGCAUGCGAUCCACGACAAUUCUCACGUUUCUAUCAGUGCCAUUGUUAUGUCGACUAGGUGUGAAUGCCCAGCAAGCUGACUUAGAGAUCGGCGAAGAGUGCACAGUUCAAAGGACCAGCGCCCCUGGCGUUUGUCGGCUGGUUUCCGAAUGUGCAUCCGUGAUUGAUGACAUCCGAAACAGAAGAGGAGGUCCCACCAAGUGUGGAUAUGCGAACAAAGUGCAAGUGGUUUGCUGCCCAGAUGGUGUCCAACCGAAGACAACAUCAACGAGUGCUGCUCCUGUCACCUCGCCGGCUCCAAGCAUCCAAUCACGAGCAGCCGAGAAAUGCGUCGAAUACGGUGAGGCAGCGUUUUCCAAGGAAUACACCAAUUCGCUGGGCAUCGGUGAACCAAAGCUGCAGCGAGUCGAUAGAUGUGGCCACAAAGCGGUCGAGCUGAUUGUCGAUGGCGAAGCGGCAAAAUCGAGGGAAUUCCCACACAUGGCACUGGUCGGCUACGGCGGUGUACCUGCGGUGCAGUAUCUGUGCGGUGGCUCGCUAGUGUCGGAUCGGUACGUGCUAACCGCCGGCCACUGUGUCAUCUCACCCGAACAUGGUCCGGCAUCUGCGAUUCGUCUCGGGGAGCUGGCUCUGGACUCCUCUAACGAUGAAGCCUUCCCGGAGGAUUUCAGCGUAGCCGAUUUGAUACCUCAUCCGGAGUAUAAGCAAUCCUCGCAGUAUCACGACAUCGCACUAAUCAAACUGGACCGUAAAGUAACUUUCUCACCCUACAUACGACCGAUUUGUCUUCCGACCGAUGGGGACAUCAGCAAUGCGCGAUCCAUCGCCACCGGAUGGGGCACGAUCGGAUACGGUGAAUCCACCAGUGCGAUGCUGCUCAAGGUGGUACUGGAUAUGUUUCCCUACGAGGAGUGUGUCGGACAUUUUGAGGUUAAUCGACGACUGAAGGACGGACUUCGUCAGGAAAGUCAGCUGUGUGCUGGCUCGCGAAACUCCUCUAAAGAUACGUGUCAGGGCGACUCUGGUGGGCCACUACAAAUCUACAACGAUGACAAAGUUUACUGCACAUACACAAUCAUUGGAGUGACGUCUUUUGGCAAGUUCUGUGGACUGGCUGGUUCACCUGGAGUCUACACCAAGGUUUACCAGUACAUUCCAUGGAUCGAGAAUAUUAUUUUUUAACAGUAAUACUGGCAUCGAUAUGACAGAAAUAGACUUACCUCAACGUUGAUAGACAUCACUCGCAAA